CUCGCGAGGGCCUCUCGCGCCCCUGGCCGGGCGCGGGUGCGCAUGCCCGGGGCAGGGCGGCCGGGGCCGGGCGGAGGCCGAGGGCUGGGUCCCCAGCGCAGUCCCGGGCUGCCCGCUGGCGGCCCGCGCGGCCUCAGGUGCGCCAGCCAGAUUGACUUCCCUGGGAGCUCCCAGCAUUGCCUCUCUGAAGAGCAGGUGACCUUUGACAUCAGCCAUGUCUUCACGGCCUUUUGAAAGCCCGCCGCCUUACAGGCCUGAUGAAUUCAAGCCAAAUCAUUACGCGCCGAGCAAUGACAUGUACGGUGGUGAGAUGCACGUUCGGCCCAUGCUGUCCCAGCCGGCCUAUUCCUUUUACCCAGAGGACGAAAUUCUUCACUUCUACAAAUGGACCUCCCCUCCAGGAGUGAUUCGGAUUCUGUCUAUGCUCAUCAUCGUGAUGUGCAUCGCCAUAUUUGCCUGCGUCGCCUCCACGCUUGCCUGGGACAGAACCUACGGAACUGGCUUACUGGGAAGUGGUGUGGGCUACCCUUACGGAAGUGGUUUUGGUGGUUACGGAAGUGGCUAUGGCUAUGGUUACGGCUACGGUUAUGGCUAUGGAGGCUACACGGAUCCAAGAGCGGCCAAGGGCUUCCUGUUGGCCAUGGCUGCCUUUUGUUUCAUUUUUGCCUUGGUGGUAUUUGUUACCAGUGUUAUAAGAUCUGAAAUUUCCAGAACAAGAAGAUACUACUUGACUGUGAUAAUAGUGAGUGCUAUCCUGGGCGUCCUGGUGUUUAUUGCCACCAUUGUCUAUAUAAUGGGAGUCAACCCAACUGCCCAGGCUUCUGGAUCUAUGUAUGGCUCACAGAUAUAUGCUCUCUGCAACCAGUUUUACACGCCUGGAAUGACGGGUCUCUACGUGGACCAAUAUUUGUAUCACUACUGUGUGGUGGAUCCCCAGGAGGCUAUUGCCAUUGUACUAGGGUUCUUGGUUCUUGUGGCUUUUGCUUUAAUAAUCUUCUUUGCUGUGAAAACUCGAAGAAAGAUGGACCGCUAUGACAAAUCCAAUAUUCUGUGGGAGAAGGAGCGCGUUUAUGACGAGCAGCCCCCCAAUGUCGAAGAGUGGGUUAAAAACGUGUCUGCAGGCACACAAGACAUGCCUCCACCACCCUCCGACUUCGUGGAGAGAGUGGACAGUUCCGUGGCCUACUCGUCCAAUGGCAAAGUGAAUGGCAAGAGGCCGUAUCCAGAGUCCUACAAGUCCACGCCGCCGGUACCCGAGGUGGUUCAUGAGCUUCCGCUGACGUCAUCCAUGGACGACUUCAGGCAGCCUCGUUUGAGCAGCAGCAGUAACUUUGAGACACCUUCCAAAAGGCCUCCCGCCAAGGGAAGAGCAGGCAGGCCCAGGAGAUCAGAGCAAGACCACUACGAGACGGACUACACGACCGGCGGCGAGUCGUGCGACGAGCUGGAGGAGGACUGGAUCAGGGAGUAUCCGCCCAUCACAUCAGAUCAGCAAAGACAACUCUACAAGCGGAAUUUUGACACUGGCCUGCAGGAAUACAAGAGCUUGCAAGCAGAGCUCGACGAGGUCAAUAAAGAGCUUUCCCGUCUCGAUAAGGAACUGGAUGACUACAGAGAAGAAAGUGAAGAGUACAUGGCGGCUGCUGAUGAGUACAACCGACUGAAGCAGGUGAAAGGGUCUGCAGAUUACAAAAAUAAGAGGAAUUAUUGCAAGCAGCUGAAGAGCAAAUUGUCGCACAUCAAGAAGAUGGUCGGAGACUAUGACGGGCGGAGGUCCUAGGACAGCACGCGGUGCCGUCCGUGCCCCAGGAACUGAGCAGGGGGCUGACGUCUCCGCGUGUGUUCAGAAGGUGGAUGACUUCGGACUCUGAGCUGGGAAGCCAACCUCUGUGACCAUUAGAAAGCUUCGGUAGCUUUAACAUCAGCAGCUCGAUAUCGUCCGUGUUGGAGCGUUUUACAAAUAGCGUUUGAUGAUCAACUGGGCUGAGCACUCCAGUUAAGGAUUUCCGGGUUUAAACACUGGGUCUUGGAUUUAGAACAAAACGCUUUCUGAGGUUUUCACACCUUGAUGGCAGGCCUGGGGGUCACCUGUGCUGUGACCUUUCACGCCCAGUGCUGUGUGAAUCCCUACGCGCUCUUUGUUCCACGGUCUCACUUCCCCUAGCUGUCAUCUACAGUCGUCUCUUCAGUUAAGGAGCCUGGGUCCCUGCGAGGAAGAACCACCCAGUUGUGGUUCAGUCUGUUUUAUGACUCCAUCACUAAGGAGGUCCCUGGCCUUCCGUGUUUCAGCUACUAUGUGUAUUGUGUUCUGCCAGCCUCCUUGUUGAAUUUCUGGUUAUGUCAUGGUUGAAAGAGGUUUUUCUUUGUGUUAUCCUGAUAAUAAAGAUCAUGUAAAAGUAACAAGUGUGUGAAAUUUAAAGAUUGUAAAUAUAUACUGACUUUUUUUUAAAUCAAAGUUUAAACUUAGUGGUUAGAAUUUUGUGCAUUUUUAAAUGCUUUUAUCUUACUGUUUACAUGCAUUUUUUGAUAACCAGCUAUACUUUUUUCAUUAUAUUUCAGAGUAUCUGAUUACUUUUAUAAUUCAGUUGUGACUUGAAUUGUAUCUUAUAGGACUGUUCAAGUUCUGUACCUAUUUUAUAAGAUAUUAAGCCCAGUGUCUUCCUUCUGUAGGGUAUGCCUUUGACAUCAUUAGUGCUAUUAUGAAGCUAAGGAAAACUAAACUCAGGAGUUGUAUCUGUUGUGAACUAUUCUGGGUGCUGUGCCUCUUAAUUCCUUGGCAGUACAGAGGCUGGCACAUCAGGGAACAGCGUGCUGUACCACCAAACACCAAAGUAUUUCAAAUGGUGCCCUUAAUUCUCGUCACUUGAAAAAAAUCAGAAUUCUAUCCAUAAAGUAGAAUAAGCUGUUAGUAUUGUGCUAACCAAAUACUCUGCCAACCAAACGAUGGUGUUCCUCAUCCCAGUGCAGGCCGUUUUCUGAAAAUCUUUGUAAUCUUUGUAAUCUUUGAUCGUUAGUAUGCAGUUCAGACCUUUAAGUAUAUAAUUUUCGAUGGACAGUUCUGAAUUCCUUUCCAGAGAUAAACUUCAAUGUUUCCAUUCUUUUUUUUUUUUUUUGACAGGCAGAGUGGACAGUGAGAGAGAGAGAGACAGAGAGAAAGGGCUUCCUUUUUGCCGUUGGUUCACCUUCCAAUGGCCGCCGCGGCCGGCGCACCAUGCUGAUCCGAUGGCAGGAGCCAGGUGCUCCUCCUGGUCUUCCAUGGGGUGCAGGGCCCAAGCACUUGGGCCAUCCUCCACUGCACUCCCGGGCCACAGCAGAGAGCUGGCCUGGAAGAGGGGCAACCGGGACAGAAUCCGGUGCCCCGACCGGGACUAGAACCCGGUGUGCCAGCGCCGCAAGGCAGAGGAUUAGCCUAGUGAGCCGCGGCGCCGCAAUGUUUCCAUUCUUAACACGGAUUCACUUCUUCAGAUUGAAACUCUUGAUUUUCUGUGUGCUGCGCAUACUUAGUGCAGGUGGUAUCUCUAGGCUUUUUGGGUUCACGUCAGACGGAAAGGACUCUUGAGCACGUACCUGGUUUUUGUGCAUGUGAAGUUUUUAACUCUUUGUCCUUGGAAAGGCAGGUACUUAGUUUAUGAAGGCAAGCUUGCUAAUGUUCUCGCGAAACAGAACAUGUUCCCUGGAAUGCAGAAAAUGAAGUGACAUGGGUUGUGAAAUUUUGUAAAGUUGUAGAAUUGUUCCAUAAAUUGGACUUUGAAAUUAAAAAAAAAAAAAUCUUCAAAUCUGGUAUUUAAUGCUAAAGACCGCAAGAGGAAAGCAAAUCGGAGAGUUUCCUAGUUGGUGUUGACAUCACCCAGCUCAUGUAGCUUUGAGAAGCCUCGGGGGCGGUUUCCUAGUCUGAGGUUUAGCAGAUUUCAGAGGCGUGUUUCAUUCCUUACCUCUGUGCUUCUCCUUUCUGCAUUCUGCUUCCCACUAGGAACCCUUGUUCAAAGGAGUUUGUUGUAAAUGUGUGUGGUCCAUGUUAUAGGGAUCCCUAUGUAUGCCCCACUUACGCAAGGUGGAAUCAAUAUUUUAAUUAUUAUUUUUGAGAGAUUUAAAGGAAUACAGAGGGUCCGGCGCUGUGGAAUAGUAGCUUAACCCACUGCUAGGAUUACCCACAUCCCAAAUCCGAGUGCCUGGGAUUGAGUCCUGCCUCCCCUUCCCAUGCAGCUGCUUACUAACAUGCACCUUGGGAAGUCAUCACAAGUAUGCGGGUCCCGGCUGUCCGCCUUGGAGAGCCGACUGGAGCUCCUGGCUCCUGGCUUUGGCCUGGCCCACUCCCAGCUGUUGCAGGCACUUGGGGAGUGAACCAGCAGAUACACCCUCUCUCUCUCCCACUCUGCCUUUCAAAUAAAAACUUUUUGAAAACUUUUCAAAACAAAAACAUUUAAAAAUAUAUAAAAAACUGGGGCUGGCAUUGUGGCAUAGUGAGUUAAGCCAUCUGUGAUGCCAGCAUCCCUUAGGGGCACUGGUUCAAGUCCUGGCUGCUCUACUUCUGACCCAGCUCCCUGCUAAUUCGCCUGAGAAAAGCAGCGGAAGGUGGCCCACGUACUUGGGUUCCUGCCACCACGGGGGCGACCCUGAUAAAGCUCUUGGCUCAGCCUGGGCCAUUGCAGCCAUUUGGGGAGUGAACCAGCAGAUAGAAGAUUUCUCUCUCUCUUUCCUUCUCUCUCUCUGAUUUUAAAAUAAAUAAAUCUUUAAAAAUACAAAAACAUUAUGAAUCUACAUGUCCCUAUCACCCAGGAAUAGCAGGUAUUAAUGUUUUGUCCUAUGUGCUUUGUAAUUUUUUUGAAAUAGUCAAGUCUUUUAGUAUUUAUAGUGAAUAAUGGUUAAUAUUAUGCAUCUACAUACAUCCAUAAAAGCUCAUUUAAUCCUCACAAUAAUUUGUUGCCACAUAACCAUUUCUUUCUUUACUGAUGAAGAAAUACAAUUUGAUAGAUGAACUGGCCCGUUGUCACAGUCUAGCGAGUGGCACAGGGAAAGAAUGGAAUCUUGGUCUGUUGGACUGUGGGUUCUGUACCUCCAUCCUAGGUUGACUUUGUGAAUUAAUGGGUUGGAUAAUGUGGGAUUCCUCUGUCUGAUGUUAAUAAAGUGUCCUGUUUUAA